GGUAUCAGGCCUAGCCUUGGCUAGGCGCCUGGUCUGACGGUGUGACCUGGUCGGCCAACCAGUCAGUCAGUGCCAAACCGGCAAAUCGAGCGGUAGGUUGUUAGUCAUCGGCGGAAGUCGGCCGGUUGGAAUCUAAUGUAAAGCAGAAUCGAGCGUCGGUCGAUGCUCCAUCGAUUUCGUAGUAGGUGACACGUGGGCGUGCGCUGGAACUGCUGCCAUUCAUAAAGCCAUACCGGAUACCUUUGAAUGCGAUUGAAUGUGUCGUGGCUAAAGUGCACCGGUGUAGUGAAGCGGUGGUAAUCGUGAUGGUUCGUUAUUUUCCGGUUGUUGAAAUACGCAUCCAGAAAGAGAGCGCAUGUCGCUCCCUUUGAGACCUUUUGAUUGGCCUAAAGACGGUUGGGAGAAAGUCCUUGAAAGGGGAUGCUCUGAAACUGCGCGUCAGUGUGCUCGCAUAAGGGUAAAAGGCCAUUCAGGCAGCUCAAGGCAUGACGAAAUACUGGCUGAACGUAGCCCUCCUCAGGGUAGUUUUACCAGUCAUUUUAGUUGGAUGUACAAUAUGGAGACCAGUGGGAUUGUCGAUCGUCUAUUUGGGACUAAUGUUAUAUUCUCCGAUGGUCCCAAUACCGACGCACAGGACCAUGACAGGUCAUACAGGAGUAUACUUGAAAACCUGCAUUUGCCUAGCCUUUAUUAUAGCUAUAUCUCAGAUCAUCUUUCAUAUUGUCCUCCUAUCACUACCGCCUUAUGGAUACUUUCUGCAAAACUGCGAGUUUAUAGAGAAGCUUUUUAGACACAUAGGCUUCGUCAGAUUAGAUAGUGCAUCCGUGUGGGAAAUAUUUUAUUGGCUAACGCCAGAAUUCAUAGUCUUACCUACCGUGCUUGCAAUAUAUUUUAUAUGUCGUUUCCUUACACAAAAACCUAUCAAUGAAGAGGAUAAUAUUCCUCCUCAAGACAAUAAUUCUCAAGAGAGGGAAAUAGAAGACAGAAACUCAAAGAUAAUCAAUUUCCUGGGACGUAUCGGCACCUACGUUGUCCUGGCAUCAUUAUGCUGCACUGCAGCUUUGAAACCAUCAAUAGAGGCAGCUUUCUACUUCCUGGUUUUUCUCGGAGCCGCAACAUGCUGGGCUUGCAAUCGAGAACUGCGAAAAGGUUUUGCCGUGAUCUGCAAGAUUGUCAUGGUCGUGGUGAUUGUUCACAUCAUCGCAUUGCUCGCCUACCAGAAUGAGUGGCCGCAAGAAAUCAUUCCAGUAUCCAGCGCUUGGUCACGUUACUUAAUGUUAACUGCAGUUUAUCACACCAACUGCAGUCAUCCAAGAGAUGUGGAGUACACAGAUGAUGCCGAUUGGUUGAUUUACGGAUACGCUUUAAGGCUUUUCUGGUUGUACUACGUUCUUGCGUUGCAGUCCCAGUUUCUCAGUAAGAAACCGGCAUUACAGGCACAGAAAACGAAACGAUUAAGCGGUAGAUUGGAGAACUUGGACACUCCAUUGUCUAGGCAUGUGUCCGUCAGACGUAGGACACCUUCCCAAAGAUGGCAAUCGGCACGACGUAAAGCUCGUAAGCCGGUCGUAGAUUCUUCGUUACCAACAAUUGACGAGCGAACGCCUCUGAUGCGAUUUGGAUCCGGAAGAGCGGGCCUUCUUCAGGAUUCUACUACCGGGAGUAUCAUCGUCAACCAAGAUGGUCAUCCGGAUGAUAGCAUACAGAUGCAGAGCCUCAGUGAGGGAGUACCUGAUGAGACGCCAGGUAUCAUCGAACAAAUAAUCAUGGCAGUGUAUUCUAUUUUCCAAUUAAUAGUUAAUUCAUCAUAUCUUGCUACAAAUAUAAUAAUGAUGACAUGGAGUAUAAUGUAUCAUAGUUGGACGACAUUUGUCCUGCUUCUAUGGGCACUAAUUUUAUGGAUGGUUCCGGAUAAACGUGCUUCUAUGAUGAAAUGUUCUCCCUUCAUCGUGUUCUAUGCGACCCUCUUACUUCUUGGACAAUAUGUUUACAGCAUGGACUUGACUGAUCAAGAAUUGCCGACAGUGGUGAGCGGCAUCGAAAUUUCUGAGAUUGGCUUCAUCAAAGCCGAUAAACUCAGUCGCUGGCACUUAAUAGUUAAGUGCCUAUUCAUAUCAAUGUUUUGGAUCACUCUCAGGCAAUACAUGACAGAACGAAAACAGCAAAAACGGUCUUCUGCCUUGAAAGACAUGGUAGCGCCGUUACACAUAUCUGUUUCGACAGCAGCUACAACUGCUAUGAGCCAUGAUGCACCAGAGAUUAAGAGCCAAUUUAUGAAAAAUGUUGGAAAACUAUUGCAUAAUUUAUUGACCAAAUUUUGGAUUGCCGUAGUGGCGAUUAUGCUGUUUAUUUGCGGCAUUACGGGAGAACGCAUGACAGUCUUUAGAAUUAUUUAUAUGUCACUGUUUCUCUUCUUCGUUAUUACAUUCCAGAUAUCGUGGAUAGCCUGGAGAAGAAUAAUGUAUGGAUUUUGGCUAACUGUCAUUGGAUACUCAAUAAUCAUGCUAAUUCUUGUAUAUACAUAUCAAUUCAAAAAUUUUCCUUCAUACUGGGAAUAUCUUGGUAUAGAUCAAGAUCUGCAAAUGGACAUUGGACUAGAGUCCUACGAAAUCAAAGAUUUAUUCGUGAGAUUGCUAACGCCGACGUUUUUCGUUAUCAUCACAGUACUUCAGAUUCAUUAUUUCCACAAAGACUUUCUUGAAGUUACUAAUAUUGACAGAUUAGGACCUGAAAGCUCGUUUAGACGUGCCAGUUUAGGACAUUCUCCUAGCUUAAAUAUUCCAGUGUCUUCGCCAGCUGACGUUACGCUCACCGAAGACGAAAAGUAUACGAUGUACACGUUGAAACAGUUAAAACACAUGUCAAAAUUAGAAAGAAUUGCGCUGUUUCGAAAAAUAACAAAACAUAUAGUGAAUUUUUAUAAUAACACUUGGCUCUUCCUCGAAAUUCACAUGCAAAAGAUUAUUUUUAUUUCAUUCAUCCUUUUGUGUGUCAAUGAUAUAUGCGCAAUAAAUUUCUUCUUUAUCGUCGCCGUAGUCAUAAUGAUCAAUUUUAGAAGAAACAUACAGAUAACAACGAUUAAUGUAAUGGCUGCGAUCAUAUCGCUUCUCAUGGUUACCAAAAUGUUGUAUCAAAUUCAAUAUAUUAAUCAUGAUAAUUGGGAUGUCAAUUGCACGAAAAAUAUUAAUGAAGAAAAUCAGCAAUAUGCAAGCAACAAUACGAUCUACAAUAUAGCCGAAUGGUUCGGGAUGAGAAAAGCAGAACCAGGUAGACUACCAGAACUGUUGAAGGGCUACAUUGGCAUCGUUACUGUAACGACCUUUAGGAAGAUAAUCAGAAUCCGUCAAUGGUUUUAUCGUCAUAAUAAAGGAGAAUCUCUGGACACUCCUCAAGUGAUGUUCCCAAGAAUCACUAGGGCCGAUGCUGACAAAGGAUUGCCGGAGUGCUUGAAAUUCCUCUUCAAUUAUGGCUUCUAUAAAUUCGGCCUUGAGAUAUGCUUCAUCGGAAUCGUCACGCUGAUCGGCACUAGAUUAGACUUUUAUUCCGUUUUGUACAGUAUGUGGUUACUGCUUUUCUUUCCGUUGAAGAGGAAAACCGUGGCCCGAAUUUGGCCUAUAUUUAAACUUUUUGCCAUAAUUCUUCUACCCAUACAGUAUGCCAUCGUCGUAGCUCCGCCUUCAUGGCUCUGCAUAGAAUAUCCAUGGGACGAAUCUGAUGUAAUGAGGAGGCUACAGGAAUGGAUGUACCUACCUGAUCCAGAUUUUCCACCAAAUCCCAAAAAACUGAUUUGUGACUUCAUCUUAUUAAUGAUGAUAGUGCGGCAAAGUCUGGUCUUCCACGUUGAACAGCAAAACUUUUUACUUUCUAACAACGAUUUCGUAGCUGGACAUAAUUACUCUGUUUUCCAAGAUAUGGAGAAACCAAAUUUUGUGAAUCCUGUGAAGGAUUACGUGUCUCACAUACAUUCAUGGCUAGAUGUAGCUAAGCGUGGUUUCCUGAUGAGUCUCAUGUGGGUGACUUUGUCGAUUAUGUUCUUGGCUGGAACAAAAAGAACGAAUCUUUUCUCUCUUGGCUACCUCAUAGGAGCGUUCAUAUUUCUUUGGCAAGGAAGCGAUUUUUACCUAAGACCAACGAAGACUAUCUUAAAGUGGUGGAACCUGCUGAUUGGAUAUUGUGUCAUCGUUAUCUUCUCGAAAGCCUUACUUCAGGGUGUGGGUUGCGUUCUUAUCAAAGAUCUCGAACGUUCAGCAUGUUGGUUGAUUCAGCUGCUGGGUAUCGCAUGUCUGAAGAAAUUCAGGAGCGCUAGUGAUAUAGUGUUGGAUCCCACUGAGUGCAAUGUUCCUCGUGAGGACAUUGGCAUGGUCUGGGAUGGACUAUGCUUUAGUUUCCUCUUGAUACAGAAACGCUUUUUCAAAAGCUACUACUUUUUCCACCUAGUGGACGAGACGAAAGCUAUGAGCGUUCUAGCAUCUCGCGGUGCAGAAUUACUCGAAGAGUUGCAUCAGAAGCGGAUAGACAUUCAAGAAAAUGUGGAGAAAACCGUCUUAGAAAAAUUAAAGUUUAAGAUGGAUAAGAUCAAGGCCAAUCAGCAAAGGAUAAAAAGUUAUAUAGAACCUCAAAUUCACAAACACGAUGAACUCUAUCCAGAAACGCGGCCGUUGUACAGAAUUCAUACGCCGAAGACCAAUAGAGAGGCUAUCAGAUCGGGCGAUUACUACAUGUUUGACGAUUUGGGUGAUGAUGUUACUGACUUAAUUCCUGAUAGCGAAACUGAAAGGAAAGAAAAACAACGUCGCUGUGAACAAGAACAAAAGGGAAGGAGAAUGACUGUUUCAGAGUUGAUGAACACGCUGAUUAAGACAGACAUUGAGAUUGCGACGCACGUCGCCAUGUACGGAGGGACUGAAAAGGAUGCCCUGAAACUUCGACGUAGAAGCGUACCUUUAACACGGAAGAAAUCAUCCAUGUCCUAUUUGAGUGCUCGCUCCGAGACCGACACUGCGAUGGCGACCGAUGGUCCCGAUCGAACAAGUCUCACUUCGGUGGAAAUGGAAACAGAAGAGAAAGAAAUAACAGACUUGGCUAAGUCAUUAGAAUCUUCAGAUGCAGAAGAGGAGAGAAGAAAAGAUAAAAAAAGCGACGAAGAAGAAAAGGAAGAUCAGAAAAAAGUGUCGUUUUUCACAUACUUUAAGUUCCUCUUGGUGAUGAUCAAUAGUACUCUAACUUCGAUGACGAAAUAUCUGAAUCGAUUCUCCCAUGAUUAUAGAUACAUUCGCAAAGUUUUGGCGAAAGAAAAGAAACUCUUAAAGGCGAAACCAGAUUUUAGAAUGGGAUUGCGAUUGGGAAUCAAUCAAAUGUGGCAACCGAUGCAACCUCUGAUGCAGGAACGAUUGACUACAAAUGGCACUACAGAGGAAUCAUUUGAUCCUGGCGAAGGUCCGAGUAAACCGCGCUCACAAGAUGAAAGGAAAGAGAGCUCGCUGGCAGUGCCGCACAUCCGAAUCCUGGCGCCGAGUUUGGAGCGAGGAUUGGACAUGUCCUCCUCCAGCACACUUUUCUCGCAAACUUUGGCCGCCCAGCAAGACGAAGAGGUCGGGGAACUUUCAGAGGUGGAUCAACCGCCCAUUAUACAAUUAGCAGCAUCCAUCUGGUUUGCAAUCUUAGCGCAUUCCAGUUUACUUUGUUACUUUAUGGUGUUCCUUCAUCAAAUCAAGAACGCUUCUGUACUCUCGACGCCAUUGCCGCUUAUGGUGUUCUUAUGGGGUUCUUUGACUAUUCCACGACCCUCCAAGACAUUCUGGGUGACAUUAAUUGCAUAUGUCGAGGCCAUUGUCAUAAUAAAAUGUAUCUUCCAAUUGGAAAUAAUCUGGAAUCGGCAAGCUCCACCAAGCUCCCCAUUUUACAUUCCAAGAAUUAUGGGUAUUGAAAAAAGACCCAAUUAUGCUCUUUGGGAUUUAUUACUGCUUCUUAUGCUAUUCUUUCAUAGACUUAUGUUAAAAUCUUUGGGCCAAUGGACGGCUGCACCUCUGAAACUACGUGGCAUUGCACCUUCUCAAUUAGCUGUACCGUCGAAGACGCCACCUUCAAACAAAACGCAGGAAAACUCCAGCUCGCAGAAAGAUAUUGAUUCACAUCAAGAAGUAAAAACAUCUCAGGAACAAUCUCUGAACUUUCCUGAUGUAACUGGCGAGGAAGCCAGUACAUCAUCGCCAACAGAUCAAAAUGACACGGCCGUACAAGAAGAAGAAGAAGUGCAUCAUCAUAGCAAGUCAUUUUCUAAAACGAUGAAUAUAACCGUCACCAAAUAUAGUGCACCAGUUAAGAACUUCUUCGAAAUGAUUAUUAUUCCUACCGGCAAGGAAACGACAAAUGUUUACGCUUAUAUGUUCCUUUGUGAUUUCUUCAACUUCCUUUUACUUAUUUUUGGAUUUUCCGCAUUCGGAACUCAACAAGGCGACGGCGGUGUAGCAGCUUAUUUUCAAGAAAAUCGAGUUCCAAUGCCUUUUCUAUUAAUGUUACUAUUACAAUUUGCUCUGAUAGUAAUUGACAGAGCUCUUUUCCUCAGAAAAUCUAUGGUGGGAAAAUUAAUUUUCCAAUAUUGCUUAGUAUUUGGCGUCCACCUUUGGAUGUUUUUCAUUUUACCGAGCGUAACCGAAAGACAAUUCAAUGAUAAUCUUCCGCCGCAAAUUUGGUACAUGGUGAAAUGUUUCUAUCUUUUGUUAGCGGCAUAUCAAUUGCGACAGGGAUACCCAACUCGAAUACUGGGUAACUUUUUAUGCAAAAAAUAUAGCAUCGUGAAUUAUACCUUGUUUAAAGGAUUUAUGUUGAUUCCUUUCCUUUUCGAACUUCGAGCGGUAAUGGAUUGGAUUUGGACUGAUACAUCCAUGACUAUAAUGGACUGGUUUAAAAUGGAAGACAUCUUUGCUAGUAUUUAUCAAAUCAAGUGUAUGCGAGGAGUCGAAUCAGAUUUUCCUCAGCCACGAGGAGCAAAGAAAAAACAAAUGAGCAAGUAUUUAGUAGGCGGCACUGCUCUUUUCCUCAUAAUCGGUUUAAUCUGGUUUCCGUUGCUUCUUUUUGCACUUGGAAGUACUGUUGGUAUAUCAAACUUGCCUUAUGAUGUAACCAUGAAAAUACGGAUUGGUCCGUAUGAACCCAUCUACUCAAUGUCGGCGCAAGGCAGUUCCAUCAUGGAAUAUACCGAAAAACAAUACAAUAAUUUGACAACUAUAAACGUGUACACGGUAGACAGAUCGGCAGUUACGUUUUUCGAAAAUUAUGUCUCUUCUGAUGUAGCUGCAGUACAAUUUAGCGGUUUCUCCAGAAAUCUUUGGAGUAUUUCACCACCAGACAAAACAAGAUUAAAAGCAGAGCUAGCUUCCAGAAACACGAGUGUAACAAUACAUGUAGAAUGGACAGUUUCAAGGAAAACAGAUGCCAAAGAUUCAAGCGGAGUUACCACAACCAUUCGUGACAUACAACUGCCACCUUAUGUGAACAACGAGUUUAAUCCUAUAAGACAAAAACUAGUGGACAUGCUGAACGACAAUGCUAAUGCAACGAAUGCGACCAUAGUACUGCAAAGUGCUUUUCCAAAGUUCCUCAAAGUUACAGCUAGAACCACCAAUGUUGUUCCACAAUUGAUGCAAUCAUCACAUUUACAAAUAAGCGAUGAUGAAGAUGAUGACAGUUAUCUCUACAGAAACAUCAGUAUUCAAUUAUCGACGGAUAAAGAAUGUUGUGCUCAUCAACAAUGGUGGAUAAUUAAGGAAAUAUGCACGGACAAUUUCUACAAGACUGUUUUGGACAAAGUGCCGUUAAACGAUUGCAAUUAUAUUAUGAUGUUUCUGUUCAACGACAAGGCUUUCCCCGAAAGUUUAAGCUUCAUCAGCGGAUUUGGAAUCCUAGGAUUGUAUACCACGGCCGUGAUAGUCAUAAGCCAAAUGAUGCGGAAAAUCGUCAGCGAUAUGGCUCCUAAAAUCAUGUUCGACGAUUUACCCUACGUCGAUAGAAUUCUCCGUCUCUGUUUAGAUAUUUACCUGGUCCGCGAGAGUGGCGAUUUAUGUCUUGAAGAAGACUUGUUUGCCAAACUAAUCUUCCUCUACAGAUCACCAGAAACAUUAAUCAGAUGGACGAGGCCACCUGAAGAAGGAGAACGAACAGAUAAUGAAGAUCAAGAAGAAGAGGAGGAACCAGUAGAACUAAGACGAGGAGAACAUUCACAUCGCGAUUGAAUUAUAAGAAAAGUUCUUAAAUAAUUUUUAUAUUCUAUGAAUGUUACUAUGAAUAUCGCAAAUCUGAAAGUUUUGAAGGUAAAUGUAUUUUCAACAUGGCCAAGGCAACAUUUAUAAUAGCAGUAAUUUCUAAAAAAAUACAUUAAGAAAAUGUAUGGAAAUAGAUCUUUUGUACAAGAUUAAUUGCCAAAAAGCUGAAAGCUUGAAAAAUAAUUUUAAAUUUGCAAAAUGAACGUUGUUAAUUUAUAUAUGCAUAUUGUUUUUCAUGAAUAUCAAUAAUUCUUUAUUGAAAGGAAUUAGUCAGCUUUUUGGAACGUGUGAAGCUUUGAAGAAAGUUCAAUUAAUAGCUUUUUGCUGAAAAUUCAGCUCUUCGACCAAAGUUCCAUAAUCAUAAAUUUUAUAAAAUGUCGUUCUUUAUUUGUAAGAGUAUAAAUAAUACAUAUAAGAAUACGUAUAAUUCAUAUAAUAAUUAUUUUAAGAAUAUAUGUAUGUAAUAUAUGUAUACUGACAUAAAGGAGAAAAAUAUUUCCCAAAAUAUAUAAAAAAAUUUGUUUCAGUAAUGUAUGAAUGUAUGAUAGAAAACUUGGAAAUAUCGCAGUAUGAUACGUAAUUUUCAAAAAAAGACAGCUUUUGUCUUGUAGAACUCAGGAAUUCAAUAUAAGAUUAUUUGUUGGAAAAUAAAAGCUAAGAAAAUAAUUGUUCUUAUCUCUCUCCAGAUUAAAUAUAAUAACUUAUUUAUAUUGAUUCUAAGUUUUCUCAAAGUUCUGUGCAUUUGCAUUAUUAAUCAUUAUUAAUGUUUUUUCUCAGUUUUUGCAAAAUAUUUACGUUCGCAUCACACAUAUACACGAUAAAGAUAAAUUUUUAGAAAUGGAUUUGAUUAUCAGUAACAGUGCAAUUAUCUCGAAGAUAUGCUUUAAUUGUUAAAUUUUGUAUGCUUAUUAAAAUAGAUAUGUUUUCUACAGAUUAUGCAUUUAAGAUGGAGUUAUUUAUAAAAAUUAAUUGCCAUGUAAAUAUAAUAUGGUAUUUUUGUUCUUUUUAUACUUUUUUUUAUAGUGUUCUUAUCGCAAAUAGCUUUACGAAGUUGGCUAAUUUGCCAAAGACAUCUUAAAUAUUUAAUAAGAAAUAUAUUGUAAGAAAAAGAAUGUACAUGUAUAUAGAUAAUAUAAUGUAUCAACAUGCAUUGAUGUGAGGUAGCAAAUUAUCCUAAAUAUAUAUAUAUUUAUACUAAAAA